UUUGUCGAAACAACUUCCUUACAGCUAGAUCUAAUCUUUGAGAAUGCUGCCUUACUUUGUUGUCGUUUUCGUUUUCAAAUGAAGGAGUCCAGCGAUAGUUAAUUUUGAAGCAAACUAGCUGGGAUCAAAAUCAUGGCGGACUCAAAACUGAAAUUGAAUUAUUUCAAUGUGAAGGGCCGGGCUGAGCUGUCCAGACUAGUGCUGGCGGCUGCCGGGAAGGAAUAUGAGGAUUUACGGUUCUCACGCGAAGAGUGGCCCAAUUACAAAAAGGCAACCCCGUUUGGGCAAACUCCCACAUUGGAGGUGGACGGUAAACUUAUCGCACAAUCCACGGCUAUUGCAGCGUUCUUGGCUCGUGAGUUUGGUUUUCACGGGAAGACGAACAUGGAGUCGUUGGAGAUAGACCAGUGGCUCAAUCUGAAGCAAGAUUUUUUCUCUGAGAUUCGCAAAGCAGUGGUGGAGAAAGACGCAGAGAAACAGUUGACCCUGGCUGACCUGGUUGUCUUUGACAUCGUCACUGGAAUUGUUGAAGGCAAAAUUUGUGGCUUGGAGAAUUUUCCUCUGGUCAAAGCUCUCGUGGACAAAGUUGGCGCCGUGGAGAGAAUCAAAAGUUGGAUAGAAACUCGACCCGUCACGAUCUCGUAGUCGCACUGUUAUAGGAAACACAGUCUAUACAGGGCAUAGGGAAACACGCACAUAGCGAAAAACAUACAUUAUCUAACACGGACAUAGCGAAAAA